AUGCUAACGAUGAUGAGGGGGUUUCUCUUAGUCCCACUGCUCUUUUACGCCUUCUUCACCACUGGUGGCAGAGCAGUGAAUGUGCAACUUCCUCAUCAAAUUACCUCGCGUAUGAGUGGGGAAUGGGGUAUUGUGGUACAAACUCCAUGUCGCCCAUUUAUUAUUGGUGAAACGGUGACCUUCACUGACGGUACCGCUUAUAUGCAAUCCGUAAAUGUUAACUUCACAGGAGCCCUCGAAGGAACUGUUGAACAUGAUGCGAGUGGUCUCAGGGCAUUUGCUGCCGGAGCGGAUGAGGAGGCGGUGAAACAUUACAUCAUUUGUGGUGAGCGGCUCAAUGCGCUUCCAACAGAAUACCGUCCAGGUUUUGAAGGAGAAAUGCGAAUGACGCAGCUGGUGGAAUAUGUGGGGCACUUCUCGAAACCCGGAAAUGCAGCAAGUGAGUGCGGUACAAUUCAACCAAGCGUAUUUAUUCGUGCAAUUGGAAGCGAUGCACGAGGCCUGAAAAGUGACAGCUGGAGGGCGAAGCAAACGCUUCAGUACGUCGAACUUGAGUUCGUUGCUAACAGUUUAACGGCUUCGUGUGUACAUAAGAAAGACGUCACUGAGGAUGAGGGUUCACAAGGCUCAACCAACCGGCGUAAUGCAGGAAGGAGGAGGAGGGGACAUCGUGUCAGUCGCGGUGUAGGUGCAGGAAAUAAUCCACAAGGUGCAACAGAUCAGAGGGCGUAUGAAGGAAGUAUUAUUAUUGGAUUAACACGGAGGAAACCACCGGAGAAGGGGUUUUAUGAACAGUACAGCAUGAGUAUCUUUUUUGGUGUUGCCAUGUUCGUGUUCCGUAUCGUCCAAGCCUUCAAAUCUUACCGCAGAGAGUCAAGUGCAGCGAGGUGA